AUGUAUCUAUGCAUCAGUCUUACCACCCCCUCCUCUCCUCACAACCCACCAAACCAAACCAUGCUCUUUAACCACUGCUCUCUUCUUGGGGGGUUCAAGAGCUUCAUGGUUUUUCUUCUCCUCACGCUCCAAGUCACUGCUGAAAAACAACACCCUUCAAUUCUUGUUGAACACCACUUCCACCCUCACAACAUGCCCCAGAAGCAGCCCAAGCUGCACCAACACCACCCUCCACGUUACCCCUUUGGCGUGUACUUCCCACAGAAGAGAAAGGUUCCUAAUGCAUCAGAUCCUCUCCACAACCGUUGA